CUCCGCGGAGCAAUCCAGAGGUCAGCGCCGAUUCCAAGCCGCGUGCGUCCUGUCCCCAGGCCGACGCCAGCACGCCGCCAUGGCCCCGGCAGCGGCGUCGGGUGGCAGCUCCCUGCCCAGUGGCUUCUCGGUCUUCUCCACCUUCCCCGACUUGCUCUUCGUCUUUGAGUUUGUCUUCGGGGGCCUGGUGUGGAUCCUGAUCGCCUCCUCCCACGUGCCCAUUCCCCUGAUCCAGGGCUGGGUGAUGUUCGUGUCUGUGUUCUGCUUUGUGGCUACCACCACCCUGCUCAUCUUGUACAUAAUUGGCGCCCAUGGUGGGGAGACUUCCUGGAUCACCCUGGACACCACCUACCACUGCAUCGCUGCCCUGUUUUACCUCAGCGCCUCAGUCCUGGAAGCCCUGGCCACCAUCUACAUGCAAGAUGGCUUCACCUACAAAUACUACCAUGAAAACAUCUCUGCUGUGGUGUUUUCCUACGUAGCUACUCUGCUGUACGUGGUCCACGCAGUGUUUUCUUUAAUCAGAUGGAAGUCUUCAUAA